AUGAUUAUAGAAAAUAAUAAUAACAAUAACAAUAGUAAUAGUUCGACACCUACCAUUUUUUUGAACAAUGAAAAUGUAGAAAAAGAACAAGAACAACAACAAAAUGGUGAAUUUCAUCAAGAAGGUGAUAUUGUUAACAACGGCAACGAACCUUUGAAAUCACAUAUGUAUUUAAAUGCACCACCACGAUCAAGUGUUACGUCCUAUCAGUUACUCUCUAGAUCACCUUUACUCACUAGUUCCAACAUCUACAACAGCUAUAUCAGCUAUAAUAAACAUAACAACGAUAACAACGAUAACAACAACAAUAGUAAUAACCAAAUCAAUCAAACGAAACAGACAACACCACUAUCGAUUUCAUCAUACGAUGAACCUGGUUCAUCUUAUCAAUUUCUAAAAGAACAACAUAAUCUUUUAUUAAACAACCAACAACAACAACAACUUUUAAAUAGUUAUGAUAGUUAUGGUGGUAGUGCUGCUGGUAGUAUUAGUCCAGGUGUAAGUGUCAGUAACAAUAGUAUCAGCAUCAACAGUUUGAGUUAUAGUGGAUACAAUUAUAGUUGUUAUGAUUCAUCUAUAAGUGGUGGUAUCUACAAUCAAAAUAACAAUAGUAACAACAAUAAUAAUAACAACAAUAACAAUAAUAAUAAAACAAUCGACAAAGAUAAAGAUGAUGAUCAAGAGAAUCAAGAGAAACAAAAAGAUGAAGUAGAGAAACAGAGACGAUCACAACUCAUAUUGAGUUCACGUGAAGUAAAAGACAGUGGUAGAGAUUGGAAUCAAGAGUUUCAAACACUCUUACGUAUGAAACCAUCACUCGAUAAAUUUCAAAAGCUAACAUUUCUAGCAAUUGAUUUUGUUAAAGCUGCGGAAACCUAUGGUAGUUUCAUUAUUAAGGAAAUGUUUAUGCCAAGUCAUUUGAGAACGAUUGCACCCAUCGAUAUUGGAGGUGUUGCAGGUGGUACCAAUUUGCAUACGGAUCAAAAGAUACACGAUCAAUGGCUAUACGGUGGAAGAUAUCCAUCUGACUAUGGUGCAUCUAAAGCUGCUGGUAAUGAAUUAAGAGGAUUAUCUUAUUUCUUUCAAAAUCUGUUGGAUACAGAUUGUGGUGAUAGAAUCAAAUGUACCGUUGAUGUGUUUGUUGAAUUCAUUGUUUAUAAUUAUAGGUUAGCAAUGUCAUUAUUACCGAUUAAUAAAGAAACAUUGAUAUAUGGAAGUUGUAAUGGUGGACAUCAUGUACAUAACGAUGUAGAGGAAGUCAAUUUAAUGAUGGAGAAAAUCGGUAAAGUGAUGAACUUAAGAGGUCAUCUCUCUGGUAUCAAUCCUAAAUUCCUGUAUGGUCCGGGUGACUUGGAGAUUCAUCGAUCAUUGAAGAACAAACGUGAUUACUUUGCAAUUGAUUUCGCAAGAUUAUUACCACCACAAGCAUAUUUCGAUGAAUACAAUAAACCAUUAUAUCAUAGAGAUGUAUUUUUUAAAUUAUUAAGACCGGAAUUGGUUAGAGGAUAUGAGAGACCGUUGUCUUCGGAUUCUUUCAGUGGUUGGGCUGCUAAUGACCCGAACUAUCAGGAGUACAAUCAGGAUAUUGCCAAUGCAUCGAGUCAUCUGUUGGAGGUGGUAGUUAGAGAAGCUGCCAAUGGACUGGAAGCGAGGUUCAUUGAGAACAGAGACUAUCUGCUGGUUAAUUUCGAUACCGCGGUGGAAGUCCACAAGUUUGGUGUGAACUUACGACAUCUCGGUUUAGUUCGAAGUCAAAUCGAUUCACAUUUCAAAUCGCUACGUAAACAGCUGUUGAAUGAAAUGGUCGGUCGUGUCCUAAAGAAUGAAAUCAAAGAUGAGCUGCGUGUCAAGCUGAGUGGUCACUUGAUUGGCUCCGAGGAGAAGUGUAUCGAUACGAUAGUCUCUUAUUUAAAUACUGUUUUCAACGUCAAUCGUUUCAACAGUGAAAAAGGGUUCUGGUUGGUAACGGUUAAGAAGUUGCUACUCGAUAAAUUCGGACAGAGCUGUUUGAGUGGCGACGAACUGGAUACUCAAUACGACUUGUCGAAUUCCGUUGAUAUUGCAAAGGUUAUUGGUUUCUUCCAGUUGAAAACCGGUAUUAAACUAUCGAAGCGUGUUAAGAAGCUGUUGGGUGAGGGUAAGAUGCCGAUGGUGUUGUACACCGAUAUUAAAGCGGUCGUUCCAGUCACCAAGCAUUCGGCAAUGAUUGCGCGAUCCGAGGGUGUUUCACUGUAUAUGAAAGCACUCGAGAUGAUCUAUGCCAAUACGAUUUACUUUGGACAUCCAGCUCGUGAACCUAACUACCAACAAUUCACUCAGACCUAUUUCGAGGAGAUCAGUCUGCUGGAUCAUUGUCGUCAGAAGCUGGAAGCGGCAUCGCGUUCCGCUACUACCGAUGCCAAUCUAUAUCAUCUGCUUGGACUGGUCGAUAUUGAGAAUCAUAAGCUGCGUAAUGAUGACGGACCGUACAUAAAGUAUGCAGAGCGCAGUCUUCAGGUGUCGCUAUCCUAUCAGAAGUCAGCGGGUGCAACCGUUGCACUUGGAACAGUCUAUAGCUUGACAAGAGACUUUCAAAAGGCAGAGCAAUUUUACCGUCAGUUGGACCGCUUCCCCGUCGAACAAGUAAUACCGACACUCUUUGAGAGUGCAUCGCUUUACGCACCGUUCUUUGCAUUCCCUACCAACUACAAUCCAAACUAUUUCUUGUUGUCGCUACACCAGAUGAUUCACUUGAAUAUUCUCACUUCAAGACUGGACGAUCAACACAUUGUAAAGCUGGAAUUCCACGAUAAUAUUACCAAACAAUUGGCGGUGAUGUUACUUCGAAUCUUGCAAAUUAAGAAUCCUCAAAUCAGACAAUGGGUAUUGAAUCUCUACAAUGCUAUCUAUGAACUUCCGAAAUUCACUAGAAUCGCCGCUCAUUCCGACUUGAUAAAGACAUUCUCUCCGGUUCUAACAUCAAUUCUCCAACAGUCACCUGAUAUUCUCGACGAUGUUAUGCGUGGCUCCAUAACGAAUCAGGUUGGAUCGGUUCCACUCGAAUGCUAUUUAAAGUAUGUGCCAUCCGUUGCCGCUAUCCGUUCUCUAGUCACAAAAACACUACUUCAAUAUCCAAUUGCUUCACUCGCAGAGGAACAACAAUUUCUGUUAUUCAAAGACUACGAUACCACUACCAUAUUGCUCUCGCUUGACAUACAAUACACUAUGCUUAUCACCAAGCAUUUCGACCAACCCGCAGCAUUGGCAAGACAACUAUCGUUAUCAAAGUUGAUAAUCGAGAAUUCCUAUCUCGAUGAUAUCCAACAGACAGAGUGUUUCUUUUCCAUCAUUAUGCCAACACUCAACUAUCUAAAGUUAUCAUCGAUUGGCUAUGACAGUAGUGUUAUUGAACAUGUAGAGCAUUCCACUUCAUUGAAAAUCGAUAUUCAAUGUCCGAAUCUUCGAGAAGUUUAUUUGACAUCUGUGAAGCUACCGAAACCUCUGCUUACCUUGCUCUUCAAGAGAUUCGAACACUCUGUUGAAACAAUUCAUAUUGAAGAUAUUGAGAAUUUCGAUAAUCAACUACUUCAUUCAUUGAAAUCUCUAAAGUCGCUAUCUUUAUCCUAUCAACCUGGAGUCACAGUUAAAAGUAUUCCGUCAUCCAUUCAAUAUCUUAAGCUUCAAGUAGAUCUCGUAGAGGAAACAAAAGAUGAAUCAAGUAGUAGUAGCUCACUUUUGAAACAAUGUCCACAUUUAAUUUCAAUAGAUUGUCCAUCGUUUGACAAUAGUGCUGUAGAUGAUAUAGAAUCAUUGAAAACUCAUCCAAUUCAAUGUUUAUCGUUAUAUCUAAAUAGUAAAUUUGUCUUGGAAAAGACAAACCUUGCCAUUUGGUCAAAGAGCAUGAGAGAUCUCACAAUCAAUACAUCGCAAAUCGACGUGGACAAUCAUGAUAAUCUAGUCACCAAUUUACUUGGUUCCCUUAGGAAUCUUACAAUACUCAAUUUAGUAACAUCGAAAUUCAGUGACGCAUCACUAAGGUUAUUCAUUGAAAACAUGAAUCAACUUGAAACCCUAUCGAUAGAUUCCACCAACUUUAAGCUGGAACCUCAAGACAAACCUUGGAAAUCAGUACAAUCAUUUAGUUUUGUAAAUGCAUCGAAUAUACCGGAGCAACACUUCCUCAAUCUCGGAAUCAUUUUCCCAAGUCUGACGGAGCUAUCCAUACAACAACCAAUCAACUUUACAGACACAUCAUUCAAGAAAGCACUUCAGAAUCUAGCACAACACAAAAUAGAAAAACUCACAUUGGAUGGCUGUACAGAACUAACGGAUUCCUCCAUCAUAGCAUUAUGUAGCACUACCUCCAUAUGUAAAUCAAUGACAAAGAUCUAUUUCAUUGUUCCAAAGAUUGGUGAUUCAUCGAUCAUCAAAAUAGCAGAGACAAUGCCAAACCUCAGAACGAUCAUCUCCUAUUCCUUCAAGUUUGACACAUCCGAACAAUAUUUUUGUAUUCGAUAUCCACAUAUCAAAUUCAACCAACUCUAUCCUCAUCCCGAUACUACUUGGUUUAUUACAAUUCAAUUCAAUGGUAUUCUCAGAUUAAAUAAAAUUAUCGACAGAUUUUAUAAAGAUAUUACUUUAUUUAAAUAUACAUAUAAAUAA